AUGAUUUAUGAUUUUUUUGUUUUUAUGAUGUUAUUUUGGUUACCACAGCUUGCCGUCUUAGCGAAGAUUUUGUGCCUCCUGAUGGUAGUGAUGUGCGGGGCUGUACCGGCAAUGGUGCGCUCCGUGAGUCUCUACUCGACUUGCAGCAGCGGCAAUAUCACCGUGUUGGGACGCAACGUCAAGGCCAUGGCGCGGGAUGAAUUCAACGCACCUUAUCAGAAACUAUCGACACAGUCGGACGACUUCAGUAAGAAGUUGUACAUAUAUGCUGAGAAAUCGCAACGGUAUAUUUGUUUUAAUAAACGCUGGAAAUUAGUGGCUUUGCCAAAAAAACAGAGGGACGCAAUGUGCCAGUUCUACGAGUCAUAUCACGGCUCCUACCUGAGGUACAACAGUGCAGUAGACACCACAAAAUACCUCGGCUUCAACAAAUACGGAAAGCCGAUAAAAGGCCAACGAGUCCGGCAACAAUGUUUCAACUUCAUGAAAUACAAUCCAAGUUUCAGUAUUUCCGUGCACAAUGAGCUCAUGAACAAAGCGUCAAGCGAUCACACAAUCAAGAUCACGAAGAAGCAUCACCAGAGCCAUCAGCCGCACAGAGGAGCCGGCCAUCGAGCCAAAAAAAAUUCAAUACAGUCUGACGGAUUGACGAGAGAAACAACGACACAUCGUCACCGACACUCGAAUCGUCUCAAAUCCCACGAUGAAUUUACAAUUCCCCGGAGACGACACCAGAGCCGCCACCUGGAGGCUAGCAAAUAUUGAGCUGAAUCUACUUGAAGAAAACAACAAUUCCUUCAAAUUCAUUCUUUUCCGAUAUUAUUUUUGGCUCGAUCAUCAAGACUGUCUCACACACGUGAGGAAAUAACAAAUAUUAAA